CGAGUAAAGGUACUCUAUAUUAUCGGUUACUCGCUCUCCCUGGCCACUCUGAUUUUAGCAACCAAUAUCGAAUGUUUUCUUCCAUUUUGCAGAAGGUUACGAUGUCCACGAAAUCUGAUCCACGUGAACUUGUUCCUAGUAUAUUUGUUCCGUGCCUUCAUAUCGUUGUUAAAAGAGAUUUUAUUGGUCGGUGAUAUCGGAUUCCCCAAUGACCAUGUGGGAUGUAAAACGUUUUUUACUAUGUUGAAUUAUAUGAUAUUAACCAGUAUUAUAUGGAUAUUUAUAGAAGGCCUGUAUCUACAGUUAUUACUGAGUCUAUCUGUUCACAUUAAAAAACUAAAAUUACGAUGGUUCAUUCUUCUAGGAUGGGGUCUGCCUGUGAUAUUUGCGGUAGCUUGGGGCGUGGCCAGAUAUUAUUAUGACGAUUCUUAUUGUUGGAAUGUUGCACACUAUCAGAAAAAUCUGUACUGGAUAAUUCGAGGCCCUAUCGUUAUAGCAGUAAUAAUGACGUUUUUGAUAUUUGUAAACAUUUUGAGGUUAUUGUUUACGAAAUUAACAGCCGUCAACUGCCCUAGUAGUCGAAGAUACAGAUAUAGGCGCUUAGCGAAAUCGACAAUAAUUUUGGUUCCAUUAUUUGCUGUGUAUUAUAUGGGUUUUAUUUGGUUACCGGACGAUCUAGAUCCUCUUUCACAGCUAAUAGAACUUUAUAUAGAGAUGUUGUUCAACUCAUUUCAGGGUUUCCUUGUUGCCUUAUUAUUCUGUUUCUUAAACGCCGAGGUACAAAAUGAGAUUAAAAAGAAAUGGUACCGUCAUGUUCUGAAACGA